AUGUGUCUUGAGAGAGCCCAGCCGGAUAGCUUUACUUUCUCGAGCGUUCUCGAGGCAUGCUCGGAGCUGCGAGACUUGGAGAGUGGCAAGUCUAUCCAUGCUCGAGUUGCUUCCACUGGGAUGGUCGAGCUCGUUGGAACGUCUCUGGUGGAUCUCUACGCCAAGUGUGGGGAGCUCGAGCCUGCUAGAUCCAUCUUCGAUGCAAUACAGAGGAGGAACAACCACGAUGCUGGGUAUAACACACAAGCGCUCGAGCUGUACGAGCUCUGGUGCGAUCGAUGGCGCGAUGACGCUCUGCUGUGGCGCUUGCUGAUCGCAUGUCCACCAACGGCGUUGAAGGAGUUCUUUCAUCUUGAAAACUGGGAACUCCAGCAGUAUUGGAGGAGAAAAGACGCUCAAGUUUACUGGCUCGACUCUAAGGAGAGAAACCAGAUAGUGAAGCGGUUUGCAUCGAUUAGUGAUUUACAUUGUCGUUGCAGUGGUGGGAGACGAGCAAACCUGGCGGGAAUGGUGGCCACUUUGAAAACUUGGAUGCAUGCCGAUGAUCCACUUUUCUCCUUGAUGAUUUGCUACUUGAUCAGCUGCAUUUUGCUCCCAGCUUUGACACCAUCCCUCACGCAUGCAGCCAGUGGAGGGCUGCUCAUACCUGGCUACGAGUUCUUGGUGUCGAUGAGUGGCGACUACGGGAUCUUUCCAGACGCCAACGCUAUGCGUUUUGAGCCGCAAGCUCUUGCUUGGACGACGUUACUCUGGCUGGACUGA